AUGAGCUAUCAAGGAUCUUCAUCAAUUAGUAAUGGCAGAAGAUAUGAUGAUGUAAGAAAAAUUCCAAUUCCUUCAAAAUACCACAAAAGUAGUAAAAAAGACGGAAAAGAAGAAUCAAGACAUUCAACAAAUUUAAAUUAUUUACAUGGAGGAAGCAAUUCUACUUCUGCCCAAAAACCAAAUUCUUCAUCUUCGUUAGGUUUUGAAUCUCGAAAUGAGUCUUUAAGUUUACAACUUGCUGCUGCUCAAUCUCAAGUAAUUCGUUUGGAGACUGAACUUUCAAACACAAACACUGCUAAAUCUUAUGCGGAAAGUAGACUUUUGACAUUACAAAGGGAAUAUAAUGCUGUUGUUAAAAGGAAUGCUGAAAUUGUUGAGGUAAUGAAAACAUUAGAGAUUGGAGUAGAAACACUUCAACAAGAAAAAGUUGCUCUAGUUUCUGAAAGAGAUGAAUUAAAAGCAAAAUUGGAUGCUUCAGAAAAUAAUUCGAGAAUGUUAAGUGAACAAGUGACGUUUUUAAAUGAAAGAAAUUCUACACUUUCUAAAAAAUGUGUUGAUUUACUUGAUGGAUCUAAAGAAUUUCGAGAAAAAGCUACAAUUUAUGAAGAUGAAUUAAAACGAAUUAAACCUCGUUAUGAAGAAAUGGAGGCAAAUUUUGAUGCAAUAAAUGAAAAGAAUAGAAAUUAUGCAACAAGGAUUAAUAUGUUUGAAAUGAGGGAGCGUAUUUGGAUUAAAGAAAAAACAGAAAUGGAAGAAAGGCAAAAACAAAAUGCUGAAAAUUGGCAAAAAAUAAUUGCUGACAUUCGGGCAAAACACGAAACAGAAAUAACAAAAAUUAGACAACAACAACAACAGCAGCAACAACCAAUGGUUAUGGGGAUUUCGAAAGCAGAAAAGGAUAAUGUGGAUAGACAUUCUGUAAGUUUUUUGGAUUUUUGUAUAGGCAAAGAAGUUUGUUUACAAUUUUUAUUCUUUUUUACGAAAACGGAGACAAUAUUUGUACACAAAAAUUCUCUUUUCCUAGUAGUAGUCCCUAUUCAUCAAGAUUCAAUUUGUUUUCAUUUUUGUUUACGCAUAUAUAAAUUAAACCAGUUUAUAUUAACUAUAAGUAGAAUAUUAUCAAUAUCUAUAUCCUUUCACCCCCCCCCCAUCCCCCCCCCAUCUUUUUUCCUCAAUCCAUGGAAAAAUGUUAGGAAAAGAAUUAUCAAAAAUCAAGACUUUUUUAUACUUUGCUGUAGAAUUCCUAAAUAA